AUGCGCCCCUUCUUCACCGCUGCAGUAGCCAUGACAAAGCCGGAGCAGCAGCAGCAACGGCGGCAUGUGGACGAGCAGGAGCUGGAGCUCCUCAAGGCGGUGGCGCAAGCGUGGCACGCGCAGUCCGGCAACCCCAAGCCGACCGACGAGUUCCACGCCCGGAGAGCCAGCUCCUCCCUCCGGCAGCCCACCCGGUUCAAGCUCGAGGCGGUGGCCAUGGCCGCCAGGGCCGCCGAGUCCCACUGGGACUUCGCGCACUCCCUAUGGGACUCCUAUGAGAUCGUGACCUUGUCGAAGAAGCUGGAGGCCAACGUCGCGUUGGACGACGUCCCCCCGUGGCAGAGCCCGCCCGAGUACGGCCGGCCCGACAAGCGAUCCAGAGAGAGCAAGAACAGCCUGAGGAACCUCAUCCACAGGUCUUCUUCCUCCACCAAGAGACAUGACCUCGACGUGCAGAAAGUUACGAGAGAAGAACGAUGA